AUGCGCUGCAAAGGCAAUACCCUCAUCGCGGUUGCUGGACUUGCUUCCACUGCCAGUGCCCAUUUCGAAAAGCCAUCUAUUCAUCAUCCGUCUGCUGUUAUCCCAUCAAUCACCACAGGCAACUCAGUUUCGACCCACUCAUCCCACCUACCUCCAACUCAUACACCUGGCUUAUAUUCGAUCCACUGGUCCAAUGCAAGCCCUGUUGAAACUUCCGCUUUCCAUUCGAGUGUGACUUCUGCUUCAGUUCACCCAUCAAAGUCGGUUUCGACUCACUCAACCGAUACUGUCCCUGUAAUAGGUUCGAGUCUACACUCUAGUGUAGCUUCUGUUUCAAGUCACUCGUCCAAAGUGCUGCCGAUUCGCUCCUCACACUUGGCUUCGGUUCACUCAUUGAAGACUGCCCCCAUAAGUUCGAGUGCCCAUUCCAGUGUAGCUGCUGUCUCGAGCCAUUCAUCCAGCUUACCGUUGAUUCACCCAUACUUAUCUUCAACUCAUUCGUCCAAUGUUGUUCCGGUCAAAACUUCAACUCCUCAUUCUAGUGUAGGAACUGCUCAUCCAUCCAAAUUGCCGUCGAUUCAUUCAUCAUUGGCUUCGAGUCACUUGUCCAGCGAGCCUUGGACUCAUCUAUCGAAUGUCCCCCAUGUUGAAACUUCUACUGGUCAUUCUAGCAAAGAUUUGAUUCACACUUCCCUGGCUCAUCAUUCCAAUACGGGCCAUAGCAAAAGUUCUGCUGGCCAUUCUAGCAAAGCUUCGGCUCAUACUUCCUUGGCUUUCAGUGAUCAUUUUCAUGCGAUCCCUAGUUCAAGUUCUGCCGCUCAUUCAAGUAAGGCUCCAGUUUACGCAUCCUUACCUUCGAGUCAUACAAGUUUAAUCUCAAGUCAUCACUUCAACACAAUCCACAGUAUAAUUUCUGCUAGUCAUUCUAGUAAAGCUCUGACUCAGACUUCUAAGUCUUCGAGCCACUCAGUCUCAACUUCGAGUCAUCACUCGCAAGCUACUACUAAAAAGAACUCCAUUAGUCACUCCAGUGUCACUCCGGCUCACAAGACUAUACCUUCGAGUCACUUUUCCAACUUAGCUUCAAGUCACCAGACGGAUACUAUUACUAGUAAACAUACUGUUGGCUAUUCCAACGUCGCUCCGAUUCAUACACCCUUGAGUUCCAGUCACUCAACCUUAACUUCGAGUCAUCAUUCCAAUGCGGGCCAUGUUUCAACUCCUAGUCAUUCUGGUGUGGUUUCGAUUCACUCAUCUCAUGCGGAACCUGUUGCAACUUCUAGCCAUACCAGCGUAGCUCCGACUCAUACUUCCUUAGCUUCCAAACACUCCACCUUAACUUCGAGCCACUUAUCCAACUUCGCAUCGAGUCAUCACUCUGAUGCGAGCCAUGUUGCAACUGCGAGUCAUUCUGGUUCGGUUCCGGUUCACAUGUCUUUGGCUUCGAGUCACUCGUCCUAUGCAGAAUCCAUUGCAACUUCUCGCCAUUCUGGUGUAGUUUCGAUUCACUCGUCUCAUACAGACUCUAUUACAACUUCUAGUCAUGCUAGUAUAGCCUCAGAACACUCAUCUCAUGCGGGUUCUGUUGCGACUUCUAGUCAUACCAGUGCAGCUUCCGAACAUUCAGCUCUCCACUCAUCCCACUUGGCCUCCAGUUCCACUGUUCAUUCGGUGUAUCCAUCUAAUGUGGCCUCGGCUCAUCAUACCAACCUCGCUUCGAGCCAUUCAUCUCAUAUCGUCCAUAAUACAAUUUCCGUUAUCCAUUCCAGUGUAGCUCCGGUGCCUCAAUCAACCUUGACCUCCUCUCUUCAUUCUAUUACGGAUUCUGCGCAUCCAUCUCAACAAACCUCUGCUAUCCAUUCUAGUAUAAAUUCGGCUCAUGUAUCCAGCUUGGCCUCUCUUCAUUCCAGUGUAUCUUCCGCGCAUAAAUCCAGCUUUACUUCCGUUUUACAUUCUAGCACGGCUUCUACGCAUUUAUCCAAUCAAGCUUCUACUGUUCAUUCUAGUGUGGCUUCGAUACAUCCAUCCAGCUCAAUUUCCGCUUCACAUUCUAUUGUAUCUUCGGUUCAUUUCAGUUUAACCUCAGUGCAUUCAUCCAGCCUAAGCUCUGCUAUUCAUUCUAGUGGACCAUCAAUUCAUUCAACUGAGCCAUCGGUUCAUCCAUCAAGCCUAGCUUCUGCUUUACAUUCUAGUACGACUUCUGUUCAUUCUGGUGGAUUAUCGGUUUAUCCAUGGAACUCGGCCUCUCUCCAAGCUAGUACGGCUUCUGCUCAUUCUAGCAUACAUUCGGUCUAUUCCAGUGAACCAUUAGUUCAUUCAUCAAGCUCGAACUCUUUACAUUCUAGUAUAGCUUCGAUUCGUUCCAGUACACAGUCGGUUCACCCAUCAAAGACGGCUUCUCAUCAUUCUAGUGGGCAGUCGGUUCAUCCAUCAAGCUCGAACUCUUUCCAUUCUAGUAUAGCUUCAGAUCAUUCCAGUGAACCAUCGGUUCGUCCAUCAAGCUCGGUGCUUCUUCAUUAUGGUGCACCGUCGGUUCAUCCAUCAGCCUCAACUUCGGCUGUUCAUACAAGUUUAUCAACUUCGGGUUUGCCAUCCAAUAUGAUACCAGAGGAAUCUUCAGUUCAUUCAUCCAGUUAUGUUCCUGUUAAAACCUCCACUCUUCAUCAUGUAACUUCGGACUUGCCAUCGUAUACUGUUCCAAAAGUCUCUUCAAAAGAAAUUUCUAGCACACCAAGAGUUUCUUCUGUCAUGACCUCAAUCCCUGCCCCAACUUCUACUCAUUCAUCUGAUAUUGCUACAGGACUUUCUUCGACUAUAAAGUCAUCGAUUACUAACCCAGGUUACAUUCACUCAUCCAGCGUAGAAUCACUACACACAACCCUGGCCUCCUCUCUAUCAUCCAGCUGGGUGCCAGCCAUCUCUUCCGCUCAUGAUUCCUCCGCUCAUGCUCCCUCUGAUCACGGUCCGUCUGCUUAUGGUCCUUCCACUUCUGGUCCUUCCACUCCUAAACUUACUACUCCGAGUACCAGUAUGUCAGUGCCAGUCGACUCUGUACCAACUUCAUGGUCAUCAAGUGUUAUCACUUCUCAAACCAGUUCUGUCUCAAUGUACAUCAAGCCACAAACUUCAAAGUCAAGUAUUAUUAAUUAUGGCCCUACCGAAACCGGCGGAUCCGUGCCAAAUGAUGUUACUUCAAAAUCUUCUACCAUUUUCUCAAUCUCUUUAUCUAGUCAAAGCAGUAUUGAACCUGUCGGAUCCACAAAGACAGAUGGAUGGGCUUCGUAUACAUACUCCUCAUCGCCCAGCAAGACUACGAGUGAAAUUGAGAAUGAGAAAUCCAAAACUGCCCCUUCAUCAAGUAUUUCGGCAUCUAAUGGAGCCUCUCAAUAUGGAUCAACUACUUCCGACUCAUCUCCAAGUGCUUCGGCCAAAUCAACAGAAACCGAUAGCACAAUCGCAACUGGAAUUUCUUCUACCUCAUUCAACUCUUCGGUCUCCAAAGCCCCUCAUGCCUCAACCUUCUCAUCGAUUCCAAUGUAUUCUACUCCAUCUAUCGAUUCUUCGAAAUCUAAAUGGACUCAUACUACAACUGCAAUUGGAGCAUCUUCCACCCUAUCAAGUGGAAGCUCGUCUAUUCUAUCUGAUUCUUCUACACUUGGAGUCUCUUCUGAUGCCCCAUCAACGACAAAAUCGCUCAGCCACAAGACUACCAAUGGCGCAUCAGAUAUUAUUGAAUCACACAGUCACCGACCUACUGAUGCCCCAUCAACACAAUCAUUCAAUCACAAGACUACAAAUGUCCUAUCAAGUCUUGUUGAAUCACACAGUCACCAAGCCACGAAUAUCCCAUCAUCAAAACAACCGGUCCAUCACAAAACUACCGAUGCUCUAUCAAGUGUUGUGCAAUCACACAGUGACCAGACUACCCACGUUCCAUCGACACAAUCAUCCAAUCACCAUGAUACCGAUGUCCCAUCAAGUGUUGUUGAACAACCAUCUGUAACUCGAGGACAUCAAAGUGUAUCGGUAACUUCAGCCGCUACCUCAUCAUAUACCGAUGUUAAUACCUUUAAAUCAGGUGAAACUCUAUCCAGCUCAAACUCUAUUGGUGCAAGUUCUUCAAACACACAUACUUUCCCGGUAUCUGUCUCAACUGCUCCAUCAUCCGGAUCAUCCUUCCCAGGAUCAGCAGCUACCACUGUGCCCUCUUCUGGUUCAACCAGUGCAUCUAGUAUUUUGGGAUAUGGAGCUGGAAUUCCUUCUACACUAUCCACCUCUCCUGAUAGAGCUUCUUCAACCUUAUCCAGCUCUUCUCAUAGAACUACUCAUGCUCCAAUACUCUCACCUAUUCAUGAAUUUCCACCCACUUCAUCGACCCAUAGAGGUCCAUGUAUAGCCAGUCAUGGAGGUCCAUGUGUGCCAUUCAUUCAUGGAGGCCCAUACACCUCCUUGGCACAUGAUACUCCUUCAACAAAUGGUAUCUAUUCAACGGAUGUUGUCUCUUCGAUGACACACAGUGUAACUUCAGAACAUGGUAUUCAUUCAACAAUACACAGUGUGUCUUCUGCAGAUAGCGUAUCCUCCACACUUUCUUCCGCACACAGUGCCUCUUGGACGCAUAGUGCUUCUUACACACAUGGUGUAUCUUCAACACACAUUGCCUCUUCGGAGUAUGAUAUCCAUUCCACGUAUAGUGCUUCUUCGAAACAUGCUUCUACCCAUAGUGUCUUUUCUACACACGAUUACCCUUCGAAAACACACAGUGCCUCUUUCACACAUAGUACCCCUUCGAUACACAGUAUCUCUUUGACGCAUGAUUCCAUACAUAGUGUAUCUUCCACAAAUGGCAACCCUGCCACGCAUACUUCCACGCAUGAUAUCCCUUCGACACACGAUAUUUCUUCGGCGCACAGCAUGUCUUCAACACAUAAGAUUUCUUCCUCUGAAUCAACUUUAUCUAUACCUUCCGCUUCUUCCACUCACGAAAUACCUGUUUCAUCUACUCAUAACGGUCCAUGUAUAUCAUCUGUCUAUGGAGGUUCAUGUAGCCCAUCAAUUUUUACCGUUACUUCCACCCUAGUAACCUUCUCUGGACCUUCCGCUUCUUCUGUUCACGAGAUUCCACCCAUUCCAUCUACCCAUGGUAGUUCAUGUAUUCCACAUAUUCAUGGAGGCUCAUGUACCAAAUCUGUUCAUGAGAUCUCUUCUGCUCCAUCAACUACACCUGCGUCUUCCGCCUCUUCUAUCCACGAAGUACCACCCACUCCAUCUGACCAUGGUAAUUCAUGUAUUCCACAUAUCCAUGGAGGCUCAUGCACUCAAUCGAUUCAAGUUACUUCGACUUUAUCCAAACCUUCAACCUCUUCUAUCCAUGAAGCCCCACCUGUCUGGUCUACACAUCAAUCUUCAUGCACCCCUGACAUCCAUGGAGGUUCAUGCACCCAAACCAUUCAUAGUAGUUAUUCUACUCCCUCAACUUUAUCGAAGCCUUCCACCUCUUCUAUCCAUGAAAACUCGCCUGUUUCAUCUACCCAUGAAGUUUCAUGCAUCCCACAUGUCCAUGGAGGUUCAUGCACCAAGUCUACCCAUGAUUCUUUUUCUACUCCAUCAAAUUUACCCAAACCUUCAAUCUCUUCUAUUCAUGAAGUCCCACCUGUCUCUACACAUGGAAGUUCAUCCACCCAUCAAGACUCAUGCAUCCCUCACAUCCAUGGAGGUUCAUGUGCUGAGUCCACACAUAGUCUUUCUUCUACCCCGUCAACUUUAUCGAAACCUCCCACUUCUUCCAUCCAUGAAGUCACAACCGUUUCAUCUACCCAUGAAAGUUCACCUCCUCAGUAUGGUCCAUGCAUCCCUCACAUCCAUGGAGAUUCAUGCACCAAGUCCUCCAUUACUCCAUACCAAAGCUCGUUCACCACUUCGUUAUCGGCCCCCGCCAGUUUCAAAACUACCUCCGCACUACCAUCUACAUACACUGUAAAAUCAGGAGAUGUUCUUUUCAGUGUCGCUCAAAAUAAUGGAAUCCCAUUGGCUACUCUUGAGGCUUUGAAUCCACAAAUAGCAGACCCAGAUUUACUACAACCUGGACAGGUUAUCAACCUCAAAGCUCAUACCCCAUCCUCACCAAGUACAUAUACUGUCAGGCAAGGAGAUAGUCUGUAUAACAUAUGCAAAGGAUUAGGGUUUUCACUGGCUGAACUUGAAGCCGCAAACCCACAAAUUUCUAACUUUGAAUUGAUUCAACCUGGACAAGUGAUCAAACUCCCCUCCAAUGGCGCUACCGUUAUCGUAAAGCCAGGAGAUACUCUCAGUUCUUUGGCCGCCGCAAACAAAGUUUCAAUCCAAGCCCUGGAAGCCGCCAAUCCAGGUAUCCAUGACUAUAAUUCCAUUGCCCCAGGUCAAACCAUCAAUUUCCCACCCAGCAAUGUUGCCCACGGCAAAGAACAUAAACACGUCGUCAAACCAGGAGAUACACUCACUGAUAUCGCCAACACCAACGGAAUUACUCUAGCCGAUUUGAAAGCUGCCAAUCCAAACAUCAUCAUGGUCAACUCACUCUUGCCUGGCGAGACUGUGAAAAUUCCCAGUACCGGUGGAGAUGACCAUAAAACUUACACUGUUAAAGCAAAAGAUACCUUGUUUGAUUUGGCGCAUAAAUUUGGAGUUUCCCUGAAAGAUCUUGAGCAUGCCAAUUCACAUAUCCAGGAUUUUGAACAGAUCAAACCAGGAGACGUCAUUAAUGUUCCUGAGCACAAGCCAAAGUCAAAGAGAAGACUUAACAGUGUUAAGUUCAGAUCUUUAUUUUAG